AUGGACAAAUAUGAAAAAAUAAAAAAAAUAGGCGAAGGUUCAUAUGGUCAAGUAUUUAAAUGUCGAAAUAAAGAAUCAGGUGAAACAGUGGCAAUUAAAAAAUUUAUUGAAUCCGAUGAUGAUCCAGCAAUUAAACGAAUAGCAAUGAGAGAAAUAAGAAUGUUAAAGCAUUUAAAACAUGAAAAUUUGGUUAAUUUAAUUGAAGUAUUUAAAACAAAACGAAAGCAUAAAUUGCAUUUAGUAUUUGAAUAUUGUGAUAGAACCGUGUUAGAUGAACUCGAAUCACAUAGAAACGGAGUACCAGAAGUAAUGAUUAAAAAAAUAACUUAUCAAGUUUUGAAUGCCGUUGAAUUUUGCCAUCGACAUAAUUGUAUACAUCGUGAUGUUAAACCGGAAAAUAUUCUUAUAACAAAACAAAAUAUUGUUAAAUUAUGUGACUUUGGUUUUGCUAGAUUAAUGACACAACAACUCGAAAUGACUGAUUACGUAGCUACACGAUGGUAUCGCGCUCCUGAACUAUUAGUUGGUGAUCGACAAUAUGGAACAGCUGUUGAUGUUUGGGCUGUUGGUUGCGUGUUUUGUGAAUUAUAUUCCGGCGUACCAUUAUGGCCUGGAAAAUCGGAUGUUGAUCAAUUAUAUUUAAUUCGUAAAACACUUGGUAAUUUAAUUGAUAAACACAUAAGUAUAUUAAAAAGUAAUCCACAUUAUAAAAAUGUUCAUAUUCCCGAUCCGGAUAUUAUUGAACCAUUAGAACAAAAAUUUCCGUAUGUUUCUGAACGUUCAUUAGAUUUUAUGAAAAGUUGUCUUGUUAUGGAUCCGGAAAAACGUUUUACAUGUUCACAAUUAUUACAACAUCCCUAUUUUGAUGGUUUCAGUAAUGAAUUUGAUCGUGAAAAAAAAGAACAACAAAAACAAUUACAUCGUGAACAACAAAAACUUAUUCAACAACAAUCAAAAUUACAAAAUACUGUUUAUUCACAAAGUAAACAACAGAAUCAAGGCAAAACAUUACCAAGUCUUACUGGCAUCACAGGUACCCCAUUUGCAUCUAUACAUGGUCCACAAGAUUUUUUAUCUCAAACUCGUCCAAGUCGUUUAGAAAUAUAUUUAGAUCAUGAUCAACGUUUAAAUGUUAAAUCACGUUUUGGUCAAACAAAUACGAACGAUUCAGACAAUAUUAAACCUUCACCACAAACAACUAACCAUAAAAGACUGGCAUACGGUGAUAAUUUUACACAUUUUCCAAAUAUUUAA